GGUGUAUAAAAAAGUAGUUUAGGUGGUACUUACACACUGCAGCUGAGAGUUAAUAAAACUGCACGGUAAGACUCCGACUGCCACACUUAAAGACAGUCCACCACCUCAAAUACGAACUACUGCAACAUGUAGCCCCACGAACAGGAACUGCAACCGGAUGGAAACGCCUCAACUACUUACUUCAUUCAACCAUGUGAAACAUAUUUGAUAUAUUAAAUAUUUAAUAUAAUAUGUAAUAUAUUUAAAAUAACCCCAAUUAGACAUUAGGUCGUUUAUUUCUGAGAUUACGAUAUAAAUAACUUUUGUAACUUUAAUAACUGACAUAAUACUCAACCAAUCAAAGGUGUGUUAUACACGAAGGGGCGGAGCUAAUGGUCACUGUGUUACUACAUUGCGACUCGGUCGCGUCUGAAAAAGGAAGCGACAAACGUAUUUAAGCCUCUCCAAAUCUUCAUCAAAUCAUUCAAAAUUGUAAAAUGAACGAAAUUAUUAAAUCGACAGCUCGGUGUCUUCGAUUGGGGGCGUGGCAUUACCGAGCAGCGCAGAAUAAUGGAGAGUUGCUGUCCGGUUGGUCCCGACUCAUGUGUUCCGAAGCGGCCCAGAAGAACCUGGCGGAGAUUGUGAAGAAGGACAAAGUGGUGGUGUUCAUGAAAGGCACACCUGCACAGCCUUUGUGCGGCUUCAGCAACGCCGUUGUCCAGAUACUCAGGAUGCACGGGGUCGAUAACUAUGCUGCUUAUAACGUGUUGGAUGAUCAGGAUCUUAGACAAGGAAUCAAAGCUUUCUCCAGCUGGCCGACAAUUCCUCAAGUGUUCUUCAACGGCGAGUUUGUCGGGGGCUGUGACAUUCUCCUUCAGAUGCAUCAGAGUGGUGACCUGGUAGAGGAACUUGAGAAGUUGGGCAUCAGAUCGGCUCUCCUGGAUCAAGAAAAAGAGUCUUAAGUAGGAGUCUAAUUUAAAAGACGUGUCUUCAAGAUGGGUCUUUGGCGAAAUUCUCCAUUGACAUAAACCUCAAAAAGAUUGACUAGUGAAGGGUGACUUGACCUGCUGAAGACCAAACUCACCUCGCAUAACUGAAGGAAGUGAUGUCAAAUCUCCCGAAUCCUGAAAAAUUACUGUAAAAUACUUGACAUAGAAUAACGCCAUAUUACGCACGAUGAUUACAUUUCUUCUGCAGCAUGUUUGUCUUGAUUUCAGAUAUGCUAACGUUAGACCACUGCUUAUUUAAGAUGUUGUAUUUUGAAAUAUAUUUUAGAUGUGUAUAUAUAUUUCUUUCUUUUUUUUUUUUUUUUGUCAAAAUAUUUUUAAAGCACCCUUUGUUUAAAUUAAAGCUAUUGGGUGUGUGUCACAAGUUUAUGAAUUUUGUGGAUCUGAUGUCAUUUAAAAAGAAUUUAGAAAAAAUAAACUUUCUCGUUUUGAAAUUUAAGGGUGGCACAUGUGUAAAGACAUGACAUCUGUCACUGCUGUCUAAAGUUUAAAAGUAAGUUGUGACAGAGAGGGUUAGGUCAAUACAUUAUCAACACACCUUUGUACAAGUUAACCAUGUAAGAUGUUCUAAUCAUAAGGGCUAAAAGUAUCUACUUUAAAAAAAAAAAUAAGGUUUGUCUUAAUCCACACUGGUGUGACAUAUUUCGAAGAUGUUUGUAGUCACAGUUCUGUGAGGUAUAAUACAUUAACAUGCCCGAUAUAACUUUUUGAUUCAAAUAAUGUGUGUGAAUAGUUAGUUUCUCUUUAUUACAUUUUUUAGAGGUUAUGUUGUAGACCUUAUUCACAGCAGUGGCAUUUUUUUAUUUUUUUAUGGGAAUGACAACGAGGCUGUGUGGGAUAGACUAAAAGUCUCUUCAAUGGGCCUUACUGCAGUUUAAAGUGUUUUUGGAUUGUUCUGUGGGCAAAACAUUGAUAAAAUAUCUGUCCAAAAACAUUCAGUAUACAAAGUACUCCAGACAACAUGAGUUGUGGAAAAUUAUAUGUGAUCAAGGAGCUUUAUAAGAUGGCGCCUAAAUGAGGUCUAUUUUGACUCCAAACUUAUUGUAUAUUCAAUGUAAUUAUACAGUAUAACUGUGGUGCCAUCUUGACAAGAUUAGGAAAGUGGUAAGUUAAUCAUAGUGUGAGGUCAUCAAAGAUUCGGUCCAAAAUUACAUAUUUGGGUAUAAAUACAAUUUGACAAAAACAAAUUAUUUUAAAUAUUCAGUAUUUGGUUGGUGCAGUUUCACAAGUACCCACAAGAGGGUGGGUAAAUUUUUAAACAGUGGUUCUCAACUGGUGGGUCACAGGCACUGAUAUAUAUAUAUAUACACACUGGCAGCCAAAAGUUUGG